UGGCCCAACCCCCCCUCCCCGUUUCUCCCGCCUCGGCCCCGGUUGGUGCUUCCUUUUGGCGGCCGCGCCGUGUUGCCCCACGAGGAGGAGCUGGAAAAUGCAGAUCUGGCAUCCCACCCGGCACACGCACACGCGCAGGGCGGCAUAAGUCCACGAGCCGGAUUCCCCUCUUCGCGAGACAGAAGAGACGCCUCUCCGGCUCUCAGCCCAGACCUUCUUCGUGACAACCUCCGCUGAUUUGUACCUUGACAGCCUCCUUCCCGGUCCCCUGGCCCCCUCGCCCGGCAGAGCCAUGAAGGCAGACCCGGUGCCCCGCUGGAAGGCGGGCGGCCUCUUCCUGGUGGGGCUCCUCGCCUUGGCCUCCGCCUCCGACCCAGCCGUCUACACCAAUCAUUUUUUGGUGGAGUUUCACCACGGGGGAGAAGCGGAAGCCGCGCAAGUUGCAGCCGCCUAUGGCUUCCACGGGGUCAGGAAGCUUCCCUUUGUAGAAGACGGAUACCAUUUUUUUCAUAAUGGCUUGGCCAAAGGUCGACGGCGACGCAGUCUUCAGCACCAGCUUCGCUUAGAAAAAGAUCCUAGGGUGAAGAAAGCUGUGCAGCAGAUAGGCUUUGGGAGGAAGAAGAGAGGAUACAGAGAUAUCAAUGAAAUUGACAUCAACAUGAAUGAUCCCUUGUUUACAAAACAGUGGUACUUGAUCAACACUGGGCAAGCAGAUGGGACUCCUGGACUCGAUUUGAAUGUGGCAGAAGCCUGGGAGUUGGGUUACACAGGGAAAGGAGUAACUAUAGGAAUUAUGGAUGAUGGGAUUGAUUAUCUUCAUCCAGAUCUGGCCUCCAAUUAUAAUGCACAAGCCAGCUAUGAUUUCAGCAGUAAUGACCCAUAUCCAUACCCUCGCUAUACAGAUGAUUGGUUUAACAGUCAUGGAACCAGAUGUGCUGGUGAAGUAUCUGCUGCAGCAAACAACAAUAUCUGUGGAGUUGGAGUGGCAUAUAAUUCCAAGGUGGCAGGUAUUCGGAUGCUGGAUCAGCCAUUUAUGACCGACAUUAUAGAGGCCUCUUCUAUCAGCCACAUGCCCCAAGUGAUAGAUAUCUAUAGUGCCAGCUGGGGCCCUACUGAUAAUGGUAAAACUGUGGAUGGACCAAGAGAGCUCACCUUACAAGCCAUGGCAGAUGGUGUGAAUAAGGGCCGUGGUGGCAAGGGAAGCAUCUAUGUUUGGGCCUCUGGAGAUGGAGGAAGUUACGAUGACUGCAACUGUGAUGGUUAUGCUUCAAGCAUGUGGACUAUUUCCAUCAAUUCAGCUAUUAAUGAUGGCCGAACAGCUUUGUAUGAUGAAAGCUGCUCGUCAACUUUGGCUUCUACUUUUAGCAAUGGGAGGAAGAGAAAUCCUGAAGCUGGUGUGGCUACAACCGAUUUAUAUGGCAACUGUACAUUACGCCACUCUGGAACAUCUGCAGCUGCACCAGAAGCUGCGGGAGUGUUUGCACUUGCGCUGGAGGCAAAUGCGGAUCUGACCUGGAGAGACAUGCAACAUUUGACAGUGCUUACCUCCAAAAGAAACCAGCUUCAUGAUGAAGUUCAUCAGUGGCGGAGAAAUGGUGUUGGCCUAGAAUUCAACCACUUGUUUGGCUACGGAGUCCUUGAUGCUGGGGCAAUGGUUACAAUGGCUAAAGACUGGAAGACUGUACCAGAGAGGUUUCACUGUGUUGGUGGAUCAAUACAAGAGGCCCAGAAAAUACCAUCAACUGGCAAGUUGGUUUUGACUCUUACCACAGAUGCUUGCGAGGGGAAGGAGAACUUUGUACGUUACCUCGAACACGUUCAGGCGGUUAUCACUGUGAACUCUACCAGGAGAGGGGACUUGAAUAUCAACAUGACAUCACCAAUGGGAACUAAAUCCAUUUUACUGAGUCGGCGCCCAAGAGAUGAUGACUCCAAGGUGGGCUUUGACAAAUGGCCCUUCAUGACAACACAUUCUUGGGGAGAAGAUCCCAGAGGUACUUGGGUUCUGGAAGUUGGGUUUGUUGGCAUCCUGCCCCAGAAGGGAGUCCUCAAGGAAUGGACAUUAAUGCUACACGGGACUCAAAGUGCACCCUACAUAGACCAAAUAGUAAAAGAUUACCAGUCUAAAUUGGCCAUGUCCAAGAAGGAAGAGCUGGAAGAGGAAUUAGAUGAAGCAGUAGAGAGAAGUCUCAAGAGUAUAUUGAGCAAGAACUAGCACUGCUUUGCAUGCCAAGCGGUCUCCUUUCCCUGUUCGCUUUCCUGAAGAUUUCAAUUAGGCAUAUUCCAGUUAUUGGGCCAAUCCCAAUACUAGUCCUACCAAGAAUAAACUCACUGAAAUCAAUGAGACUGAAGUUAAUGGUUCAGUCUCAUUUAUUUCAGUGAAGCUAUCCUAGAUAAGACUAACACUGGUUUUAGCCCACUGUAUGUAGUUGAUUAUCCUAACUUUCUGAUUUUAUGAUUGUCUACAGUGGAAACUUUUGAAUUCUGAGCCACAAAUAUAAUACUAUCAACCAACUACUUGGUUAAAGUGUAUGACUGUAACUAUCAUCAUGCAGAGUUGGGAUGUUCAUUGAAGGAUUUUGUUUUGCUUGGUUUUGUUUUGUUUUGCUUUUUGUUUGUUGUCAUGCAACAAGUAACUACCUACAAAAUUUUGAUGUGUUCUUCUAUUUUUUUUAAUUUUAAGCUUUUGGACAGGUGAAUGUUCAAACUGGCCACUCCGAUUUGCUGAAAUACUGUCAUGGAAGUUACAAUAGUGGAAGAAAAACUCAGAUGCUGCAGGGGAAAAUGAUAUGUUACUUUCUUUAUGCUCUUUUUUAAUAUUUACAUUUUUAUUCUGAGGUUUUAUACUACAAAUCCUUCCCAUACCUCUGUCCCUUCUGAAACUGUUUAUCUUUUUUGCAAUAAAAGGGAAUUUUUGGGCUCCAAUAGCAACUGGGGUGGGGACAAUUUUCAAGAGGAAACAGAUGCACUCCCCGGUUCUGGAUCGGAUCCCCUCAUAAAGUGGGAAUCUAAACAUAAAGUGACCUCUUUAAACACACAAUGUGCUGCUUGGCCUUAAUACAAGUUCAAAUAUUCUUGGGAUCAACUGAAAUAUAUUCACACUUUGAGGGAAGUUUUAGGAUACAAGUGAUUGCGUUUGGUUUUUCCACCUAAGGUUGCCAUCAAUUUCCUGUCACUAAGCAUCACAGGACUCAAGAGGAUGUGUCUCUGAUAUGACAUGUGUGGGUUAAUCACAUAUCUGGAACAUGAGGACAAUUGUUCAUAGCUUUCUAAACUCUAAUGCCCAUCUAGAUCCUGGUUCAUAUUUUACUGGCAGUAUAAUCACUAGUCUUUAUGGGGUAUGGCAAUGUAUUAGCGUAAACAAAUAUCUCUCCAUUUUUCAUUGCAACUGUUUUUUUAAAUAAAUUGUCUAUGAGAUGGCCGAUUCACGUAAUACACAUCAAGGUCAAUUGCACUUUAUUGUUAAAUAAUUUCCUAGAGAUGAGAAGCAAGAGCAUAUACAAUAAGGGCUGAAGUUUUGAGGAACUGAUUCUAAAUCAAAUAAUGCUAACUGCAGAAUUGGUGGUGAAGGAAGACUGCACUGCAGAUUCAUCAAACUGAAUUGAUUAGGUGCCUACUUUGAAUUGGAGGUAAAUCGAUGUACAGAAUUAUUUCAUUCUUUUUCUUUCUUUUCUUCUUCUUUUUUUUUUGGCACGUAUUAUAUCGAAUGUAGUCUGCUCUUUGGAAACUCCAGAAUGGCAUGCAGUUGUCAGAAUGACUUCAGUGAAGUGGGUCAUGUUUAUAUACCCACUAAGCACAAUCAUAUUAGACUACGAUUGCAGUUGUAGUGCACCCCAAAUCACUGGAAAUGGCUAGAAUGCCAAACAUAGAAGCUAAAGCAUAGGGCCUCAUUAGGUGAACUUUGGCAUUGCUUGCAGUGUUGUACCCCUCCUCCCACCCCAAUGAGUCUGUAACAUUAGUCACUUCCUGGCUGAAUUGGGUCCCUCAGCAGCAUUUCCAGUCUCCUAGUUCUGCUAUGGUCUUGGUUUCAGGCAUGUAUUGGUUAAUGGUAUAGGGUCUUCUCAUGCUAAAAGCACAGAGAGGGAAAUUUUUACAUGCUUGGUGUCAGAUAAAAAUAUAAUAUGUGCUGGAACAAAAUUUGAGAUUAUUCUGCUUGUUCCCAAAGCUGCCGCCCUGCACUACUGAAAUUUCUGUUCUGGUGGAGAACAUUUACAAAGAACACACUAAGACUAUAAGCAAAAAAAUAUUUGGCACAGUCUGGAUUUUCCUGAACUUGCUUUCAAACAUUUCUUAAAUCAAAAAAGGAAAGACAUUGAAGUUUCAGCUUACAAAAUCACUUACAAUUCUAAUACGAAAAUUACUUUGUUUCUGAAAAGCAUGCAAAACACAUAGCUGUAUUCCAAUAAAAGGUACAUACAAAACCAACAGUUGGAAUCAAGGAUACGAAAUGCCAGUGAUUAAAAAGCAUUAUAUUGUUUUGUUUGCAACUGUAAAAGUUAUAAACAAAAUACCCACAUGAUGACAUGUGUAAACAAAAACAAUAAUUGGGCAACAACAAUGUAAAAUACGAGAAGUCUACAAAGUGAACAUGCAGUGCAGCAUUUUUAACUCUUUUGUGUGUGUCCUCUUUUUGUUUUGUUUUUAGUUCUUGCUACUUUGCAUAAAGAACAUUAUAAGGUUUUUAGCAUACUGGUAUUUAGUGUACCUGAUCGCAUUUGCUCUUUUUAUGCCCCCCUUUCAUAGUAGUGGAUCUGGGAAUCUCUGAUUAUUCAUUGCUAAGUAGAGUAUAGGGACAACUCAGCAAUUUUAGAUUCCUUUCAUAUAGGGCAGUGGUUCUCAACCUGUGGGUCCCCAGAUGUUUUGGCCUUCAGCUCUCAGAAAUCUUAACAGCUGGUAAACUGGCUGGGAUUUCUGGGGGUUGUAGGCCAAAACACCUGAGGACCCACAGGUUGAGAACCACUGAUAUAGUGGUUCUCAAACUUUUUCAGCCCUUUUUGAAGUAAAAGUUUCUUCUCCCAAGAACUGUUUAUAUAUUACAUUGCAUAUUAUAUUAUAUAUAAUGUAUAUAUAUCAGGCAUGUGCCAGGCCAGUGGCAGAUGACUGGGGUGUUUGUGAGAAUUAAUUUGCACAGUGCAAAAAGAAAGAAAGAAAGAAAAGAAAGAAAGAACAAUACAAUAUUUAAAAUGAAGAACAAUUUUAAACAACAUAAACCUCUACCGUAUUUCAGUAGCAGACCCCAGAGGCCAUCCAGUCCAACCUUCUGCCAAGCAGGAAAAACACAAUCAAAGCACCUCCAACAGAUGUCCAUGGGGAAAGGGGUCUGGGCAGUGAGGGUGCUAGGGGAGAAAGGGUCUGUGCCUCAGCAGCAUGAUGCUGCAGAGCCCCUCACUAUCACCCCAAGGGCUCCGCAGAGCACAGUUUGAGAACCCCUGCUUUAAUAGAAUGAAAAAUAGUAAGCACAUGUUUACUGUAUAUACUCAUGUAUAUGUCUAAAGGUUUUCGACAAUAAAAUGGACCCAAAACCUCUAAGUCAACUUGUCCAUGGGUCAGUGUAAUACUGUACUUUAACUCUUAUCAAAAAAAGGAGCAAUCCCCUUCUCUGAAUAGAGCGGUGAAAUGUGAAAGCAUAGUCCAUCCUGGGAGAACCAAAAAGAAGCACUAACCCACUCUACACUUUCUACUGCAGUGCCAUUUCUAAUCUUUUCAAAUGCCUGGUGGGCAAAAUGGUGGCAGCAGCACCCCAGGAAUAGUAGCCCUCUGAAGCAACACUGGCACUCCCUCAUCAACUUAAACUAUCUUACAACCUCAUCAGAUGGGCUACUUUGCCUGUCCUACGCCACUUAUUCUCCCCUUUCAGGAUGGAGCCCAUUACAUAAUGCAUGUGGUUCUGUCUGGAAAAGAAGAGAGCAAGCAGCAUAUGCUGCUGCUGUGGCAACAUGGGAACCUGCCUGUGUUGCCUUACCAGCAAUAGAGGGAAGUCAUGCAGCAACGCUUCACCCCAUAGGAUGGGGAAAAGCAAGUUGUGCAAUGUGGGGUAUGAAUCAAUGGUAUCUCCACACAUCCCACUGGGAUGCAUGGCCAAUCUAUGGGCCUUUGGAAUGAGGUCCUAUGGGUCAUAUCACAAUUCAUAAUUUUGGCCCCAAAACCUGCCCUUGACAUAAGGUCCACAGUGUGUAGAAAUGGGAGGAUUUCAAAAACGGGCACAAAUCUACUCCACUCCUUUCCCCUAUGCAUAGAAAUGCUCAAGAAGUUCCCCUUUUUCUUUGUGAUGGAAAGUAGUGGAUUUGUCCGAUUACUUUGUGAUGACGCAAUGUGGGCAUUCAUGUGGGUGGUUGCUAAUGUUCCUUCUGUUUCCAUUAGUGGUUUAAAGACAGUAUGGGUCCUAUUGAAAAAAGUGUUUUUAAAAGUGUGCCUGUCUCCUUUAGUGUAGGGGUUUAAGAGGAACAAUCCUAGAGAGGAGGCAGGUAACAGCGUGGUGCUUUGGAGCCCCUCACUAUCACCUGUGGAGCCCCAAGGGCUCUGCAAAGCACAGUUUGAGAAUCCCUGCUUUAAUAUAAUGGAAAAAAUAGUAAGCACAUGUUUGUUUACUGUAUAUACUCAUGUAUAUGUCUAAAGGUUUUUGAUAAAAAAGGACCCAAAAGCCCUAGGUCAACUUGUCCAGUGUAAGUACAGUACUUUAAUUCUAAUAAAAAAAAAAUCCACCCCCAUCCCUGAAUAGAGUGGUGAAAUGUCAAAGCAUAGUCCAUGUAAAAAUGAUACCUGGUUUAAAAAGUGUCCUGGUGUCCUUGAAAUGGUUGAACUAGAAAGGGGAUGAGUCUGAUGCGGGUGAGUAAAUUCUCUGUCUUCUUUCAAGACGGAAGCCCAUGAAACGCCACACAAAGAAAAUGAUUAAACCCACUCCCCGCUCCUUUAUGGGAUGAAGUCCUAAGUUGUAGUUCAUUAAUGAGAUAAAUAAACCAAAAACUAAACAUGAAUCCAUUCUAUUCUCAGAUAGAUGCAUGAACAGUGGAGAUUUAACAACUGCUUUCCAUAUCCCAUUGAAGACAACAGGGGGCGGGAAACCUUUCAAUAGCAAUAGGCUUUGAAUAGAAGAGCUCCCAUUCUCCUCUGUGGCAGAAACUCCAUUGCAUAUGCAUGAUCAUUUCCAUUUCCAUUUUCAUCUCAUGGAAAACAAGGGAAAUCUUUCAUGUGCACAGGUGUUUAACGGCAGGAGGCUGCCUCUAGUGCCAAUAAAUGAAAGACUUCAGUGUAAUUUGUUCCAAAACAUAAAUCCUAACUGUCUAAUGAGCAUAUAGACAGGCAUUUCUGAGCUGUGAUGACCUUUACCCAGUUUCAACUGCCUGUGUAUAAAGGCUGUGAACCCACAUGGAGGUAAACAUUAUAUUACCAAAGCUUGGAAAGUUACUUUUUAAAUAGCCCUUGUUACAAUGCUGAAAAAGUAACUCAUUGCUAUGACUUGUUGCAAUGCUGGGAAAGUAACACAUUGCAUUACUUGUGGCAGUGCUGUACUCAUUUUUUUCUUCCUUUUUUUUUGAAGGAGGGAAAUCAUUUAUGGUUAAUAAGAGAAUAGUAAUUUUAAAAACCUGGAAAAUUCCUGUCAAAAUGCAUAUAAGCAUGCCCUUUUAAAGCACUUUUGGGAUAACUAGAAAUUAUUAUUUGUUAUGUCAAUAUUAUCAAUUUUAUCAUUGACGUGUGACUUUUUACAACCUUGUCCCAACAAUAAGUAGUUAUAUGUAACUGCAUUGCUAAUUACAUAUAAUUAUUUCCAAUUACAUUACUUGUAAUGCUUCACAUAUUGCCUCCAUACGGUUGUAAGGUACAACCACAUCUGUUGUGCAGGCCUCCUUUGCCGAUUCAGACCAUCUAUGUUUAAAUAUACAACUAAACUUGCAUUAGUUGUAGUCUAUGAACGCUGCGAUAGCACAUUGGCAUAUAUAUUAUAUAUUUAUAUAUAUACAGGUCCAAGAAUUGUACAUAGAAAUAGGAAUACAUUGCCUAUAUAAAUAUAUGUUUAAUAGACACACAAUCUCUGUUCACAGGGUCUUCUUAAGAACACAAAGGUCACAUUAAUAUCUUGGAAGUUGUUUAAAUUAGUAAAUGAAAAGGAUUGUCAUUUCAGAAUAUAUAUAGUUGUCAUUGCUUUGAUGUAACUUUGCACCUGAAUAUUAAAUGUCCUAUAGAGCAACAAAACAACAAAAUUGGUGUACAUAUUUUCAUAAUUUGAACUCUAAGAAGUGGUUGCACAUUUUUGAUAUAUUAUUACUACUACUACUACUACUACUACUACUAUUACUACUAUUUGUAUAUACAACAUUUAAAGAGAGAUAAAUACAUUUAGUUAUUUGGAUUUACUUUUAUUAUUUCAAUCAUGGUAGAAAUUGAAAAAAUAUGUCCAACUGAGAGUACAUUUUCUGUGGUCUUACUGAUGCAAAAUAACUUGAUCAUAAUUUGUUUUUUUAAGGUGAGAGUCAUGAGGUUAAUUGUUUACUUGCAGUGAACAUUGUUAAAGCCCUCUGUGACUGACUGUUUUAUAAUAUGAGGAAAAUAAAAAGAUGCUGUAAAGGA